CCUCUUCCAGUGUGGAGAAGAAAGAGAGGAGCGAUCGAUCGAUCCCAAUGCAAUGGCGCCUUCUCUUGCGCGCUCCUCGGCGACGCUCGCGCUGCUGCUGCUGCUGCUGCUUCUAGCGAUCGGCAUUGAAUCGACAUCGCGCGGGGGAGUCAAGAAUCCGAUUAUCACCAGCGACAACCGAAGAUUUCUACUCCGGCGCUCCGCGGGAUUCUCGACGUCGUUCCACUUGAGCUGCCCGGGCGAUGAUUGCCGCCAAGCUCCGGGGCACGAUGCCUUCGCGGCUUCCGACCGCCUGGUGCCUUCCGGCCCGGAUCCUCUGCAUCAUCGGAUCAGAGUCCACAAUUGAGGCGCACAGAGGUUCUUCGUUUCCUGCGAUCUCAUCUUUCUUCUAGAGUAGUAUCGUAGUGGCGGCGCGGCAUUGCUACUGCUGGAGAAGCCACAAAGCUCUUUUUGCUCCGACACGUAUCGGUUUUGGACAGUUUCUUGAGAUGCUGCUCUGGGUGUGAAGGUGGGAAUUCGGUGCUCGUCGCGGACAGGGAGAGGGAGAGGGAGAGGGAGAGAGUGAGAAGUUAAUUGCGGCUGUCGCGCAGGCAGCCACCUCUCUUCCUUUUGGAGCUGCUGCUCAUCAAUGGCACCGAAUUUCCCCAAA